AAUAUUUCCUUGUUUACCAUUCAUUAGUUUUGCCACUGUUCUAUUUUCUCUAUGGUGAUAUGUAUGAAUAUUUAGGGAGUUAGAUUGAAUUUUUGAUUAUAUUAAAUUUUGUUUCAUUUUUAUUAGUAUGACAGAUUUUAUUUUGUUUUGAUGGUGAGAGGAAAUAGUGUAAAGGUAGUCCUGCUUAAUGAUCGAAAUCAAAUUAAAAUGCACUUGUGAUGGACAUAUAAUAAGUUUGUUGGAGGGAACAGUUAAAUUUAACUGUUCCCAGGUUUGUUGAUAAUAUAACUGUCAAACGUAUUCAUCGAGUGUUAUUAGUUACUUGUAAAUGUUCCUUGUUCUUCGGACAUUAUUGACGGCCUUUUAUAUUUUUUAGUGUAAACAUUUAGUUUUUGUCAGCAUUAUUACUAAGAUACUUUACUUAUCGUUUAAUGAACGAAUUUGACAAAUAGUUGUCAGUGCAUUUUUUCAAUGGACCUUUUCGGAGAGUCAAUCAAUCUUAAUAACUGACCAAUCAGAACAGGGAAUGUAAGCAUGAGAGGCGUUAGCAAUAACCAAAGGGCGAGGCGUAUGAGUAUAAUAGUUCAUUGCUGAAGAAAAAUUAUAUUUACGAAUGACUUGCGUUUAGGUGUUUGACGCACCUCAUUGACUUCAGUACAGUAUUAGAGGGAAGCGAUACAUUAACAGCUACCACCAAGUCAAUUGCUGAUUAUCAGGAUAACGUUAACUUUUGUUAUUGCUGUUGUUGCUCUGUUUGUACUGUUAAGUAAAUGCAGCAUUACUCAUAAAGCGCAAUAAACUUUUAAAAUCUUUUAAACCAAAUCAUAUGUUGUUAAAAUUCUGAGUGACGUAUAACUGUAAAUACAAACUUACAGCCUACACGUACACAUAUAUUGACAUCUGUAUUUACUAAUUUAAAGCUUCGUAAUGCAGUGAAUCAACAUUUUCAUGUAUUUGUGAUCUGCCCCUUGAGGAAAAGCAUGUUCCUUAAAUAGACAAUAGAAAUGGAGGCCAACUCGACGAACUACUUGGAGGGGAAUCCUGCUAUUAACUUAACUUUACUCGUUCGUUUACUUGGAAUAUUUGCUUUCGUUGGUAACAUUUUUGUGGUGUCUGUCAUCAUUAAAUGUCCCUCACUUCAUACUAGCAGCAAUUAUCUCACAGCUAGUCUUGCAAUUGUCGACCUUUCAUCCAGUUUGCCAAUGAUGCUCCUUAUGGAAAACACUUGGUUGCUAUAUUUUGUAUUUUUUUAUCUGACGUCUGUAUCAUUAACCCAUCUUUUAGCAAUGACCAUAGACAAAUAUUUAUUGAUAACUCGGCCAUUUUUCUAUCAGAGAAUUAGCAAAAAAUGUGUGUGUAUAUUAAUAUGUAUUGUUUGGAUAACUCCUUUAAUAACUUUUGCAGACGGACGCAUUACAUUUAAAAGUACAGAUGUGAUCAUUUUCGUGUGUGAAAAUUUAUACCAAGUUACUUUGAUUUCAAUAAUUAGUUUAACAGUUGGUUUGAUAAGCUACUUUAUAAUUAUUUCUUUGAAUGUGCGAAUUUACAUUAUAGCUUGCAAGCAAUUCCGACAAAUCAACGCUGUUAUCUCAGGGCAGCCUCUGGCAACAUUUGCUGCGUCUUGGAAAGCAACAAAGACAACGAUGAUUGUGAUUGGUGCGUUUAUGAUAUGUUCAACACCGACGUAUAUUUUUGUUCUACUUUCCUUAUUUUGCUGUGAUUUGCCACAUAUAGUUAAUAAUUUGAUAGUUCCGUCAUUGUCAAUCAAUUCAGUCCUGAACCCAAUCAUAUAUACCUUUAGAAGACAGGAGUUUAAAAAUGCAGCAAGAAAUGUUAUUAAAGCUCUCAGAAUAAGUGGUUGAUGAUGUUAAUUGGC